AUGAUGAACAUGAACGUUUCUAUGAGCACCGUGAGUCUGGACGGUCUGACCCAGCUGUACGAGCACAGGCUGUGGUUGGCGUUCUUCAUCUUGUUCCUCUACGUGUUCGUGAUGCUCAGCGACAGUCUGGUGGUGUACAUCGUGUGCUCCCAGCGCAGCCUGCACCGCCCCAUGUACGUGUUCGUCGUGGCCGUGCUCGUCAACUCCGCCGUGGGGAGCUCCGCCGUUUACCCCAAGCUGGUGUGGGACCUGGUCCAGGGCCGGCGCGUGGUCCUGGUGUCCCGCUCGGCUUGUCUGUGCCAGGCGUUUCUGACGGCCACGCUCGGCAGCUCCAGCUUCAUGCUCCUGUCGGCCAUGGCUUUCGAUCGCUACCUUUCCAUCUGCCACCCGAUGUACUACGCCAGCCUCAUGUCUCCUCGCACGGUCUCGGCCUUGCUGCUCCUCUGCUGGUUCCUCCCGGCUCUCCGCGUGGCAGGGGCGAUGGUUUUGUCCAACCGGCUUCCCGUCUGCUACACUCAGGUCACGAGAAUCUUCUGCGACCCGUACACGUUCACUAGCAUGAGCUGCGAAGGCGCGUCGACUCAGAUUAACAACGCCUACGGGCUCAUGAGCGCCACGAUAACUAUUUUCUUACCUGUUGCGUUUGUGCUUUUCUCUUACGGCAAAGUCCUCAUCAUUUCUUUACAACGCUCCAGGUCGUUCAGCUCUAAAGCUCUGAACACGUGUCUCCCCCACAUACUCGUCUUUAUGAAUUUUUCCGUAGCCGCUUCUACCGAGUUGUUGCACAGACGCAUUACAGCCCGUAACGUCACAGUGGCCACGUCGAUUCUCGUCGUGGUGAUUCCGUCGGUUUUCAACCCGGUGGUGUACGGGCUCAAAGUGGCAGAGAUAUACAGGCACGUGAAAAGGCUCCUGCGCCAUCCAACUAAAACUCAACCAUUUUCAGAGUAA